AUGCCCGGACCUGCACCCAAGCCCUCACCAGUCCCUGUCAAUGAUCCUCACAUGUCACUCCCAAUAAAUGAACUGCAAGUUGAGAUUGAACCAUUUUUUGUGACUGCAACCAGUUUACUGGAUGAACCUGGAGGUGUUGAAGUGAUGGCCCAGAGCGACACUCCAUUGGCUGCAGAGAUUCUGGAGGUUGAAUACCCAUGCAAGCAGUCAACAGUGAACUUCAUUGAGCAUCUGCGAGUGCUCAAGGCAAGGGCCAAGGAUGAGGAAUUCAAGCUGGAGAUGUUGGCAAGGUGGGUAACACAUUGGAUCAAGACUGUGCAGGCUAGAUGGGAGGAGCUGCAAAGGUUGAAGGAUGAUCUCCAGGACCUGUAA